AUGGUGGAUGAUGGGAAUGAUGACCAAGUCUGUCGAGGGAAGGGUGCAUUCAAACAGGUGGGUCAAGGGAAGGGUGCAUCCAAACAGGUGGGACGAGGGAAGGCCAUAUCCAAACAGAUGGGUCGAUGGAAGGGUGCAUCCAAACAGAUGGGUCAAGGGAAGAGUGCAUCCAAACAGGUGGUUCGAGGAAGGGUGCAUCAAACAGGUCUGUCGAUGGAAGGGCGCAUCCAAACAGUUGGGUCGAGGAAGGGCGCAGCCAAACAGGUGGAGUCGAGGAAGGGUGCAUCAAACAGUUGGGUCGAGGAAAGGCGCAGCCAAACAGGUGGAGUCGAGGAAGGUGCAUCAAACAGGUGGGUCGAGGAAGGCCGUAUCCAAACAGAUGGGUCGAGGAAGAGUGCAUCCAAACAGGUGGUUCGAGGGAAGGGUGCAUCAAACAGGUCUGUCGAUGGAAGGGCGCAUCAGACAGGUGGGUCGAGGAAGGUCGGAUCAAACAGAUGGGUCGAGGAAGGGUGCAUCAAACAGAUGGGUCGAGGGAAGGCCAUAUCCAAACAGAUGGGUCGAAGGAAGGGUGCAUCCAAACAGAUGGGUCAAGGGAAGGGUGCAUCCAAACAGAUGGGUCAAGGGAAGAGUGCAUCCAAACAGGUGGUUCGAGGGAAGGGUGCAUCCAAACAGGCCUGUCGAUGGAAGGGCGCAUCCAAACAGUUGGGUCGAGGGAAGGGCGCAGCCAAACAGGUGGAGUCGAGGAAAGGGUGCAUCAAACAGGUGGGUCGAGGAAGGGGUGCAUCCAGAACAGGUCUCUGUCGAUGGAAGGCCGUAUCCAAACAGAUGGGUCAAGGGAAGAGUGCAUCAAACAGGUGGUUCGAGGAAGGGGGUGCAUCCAAACAGGUCUGUCGAUGGAAGGGCGCAUCCAAACAGUUGGGUCGAGGAAGGGGUGCAUCCAAACAGGUGGGUCUGGUUGAGGGUGCGCAUCCAAACAGGUGGAGUCGAGGGAAGGGUGCAUCAAACAGGUGGGUCGAUGGAAGGGCGCAUCAAACAGGUGGGUCGAGGGAAGGGUGCAUCAAACAGGUCUGUCGAUGGAAGGGCGCAUUUAAACAGGUGGAUCGAGGGAAGGGGUGCAUCAAACAGGUGGAGUCGAGGAAGGGGUGCAUCAAACAGGUGGAGUCGAUGGAAGGGCGCAUUUAA